AGUUACCAGUUCAAGUUGAGCCAUGAAGUAAUCAUCAUCGCAAUGGUUAAAUAUAUUUUUAACUUCGAAUUCAAACAUAAUUCGCGUUAAAGUAAAUAUUUAUUUGUAAUAAACUCGAAAAAUCCUUUAAUACAAACUAAAAAUAGAAUACAAAAAGGAAUAUUUGUCCAAGAAUUGUUGUAACAUCCACAUGGAGAUGGAAAUACUCGCCAAGAAGUAUCAGCAAAGUUAUUAUGAGUAUGUCCCGGAUUGGUUAGAAUAUAACAGUGACGAAUACGAUUACAUAAAACAAAAUAUUGGCUUUGCUUUCUUCGGCCUUCCAGAAACCAACAAAGAUGAGGUUAAGAUUAACCAAAAUAAGACAUGCAUUGGAACAAUGUAUGACAAGGAGUCGUGUGAAAGAAUCACAGCUAUAUACAAUAAGAUAAUCAAAUAUGGCAGGGAAACCAAUCUAAGUCAGGGUACUAUCUACAUUGGGAUAAUAUACAACACGAUAUUUCAAUAUACAGCAUUAAAUGAAUCAAAAGGGGAAAAGUUUCGUGAAAUGUACACGAUACCAGUGUUUAAAAUAAAAAGAAUGAAUAGUGUAUGGUACAUCGAUAACAAUGCCAGGAUAUACAAAAACUGGAAGGAUUAUUUAACGAACAACACAUUGCCCAAAUGUGUUAUGGUUGUACCAAAAGAUGGAAUUUAUCAGUGUGAUCCAAACUGCGAGGUAACAGAACAAUCUUCAGUCGUGUGGACAGAAACAUUGAACUCACCUGCCUGUUCAAGAAAGAAUAUUGUUUUCAAUGCUUUCGAUACUGCUUCUACUGUAUUGAGCCUUGGAACAACUAUUGGACUGGGUAUCACUUCUUUUUUCACUCCGGUUGGGCCUGCGUUGGUUGGGGCAGGAAUAAUCACUGCUGGCGUGAGCGGAGCCUGGACUAUCACCAGAAGUUCGCAGAAGUUACUAGAUCGGGGUUUGCAUAAAGAAUCCGUUAAUCCAAUGGACAAGAACACAAUUUCUGCAUGGCUCGGAAUAACUGGCACAGCUCUAACAUUAGGAGCAAGCGGUGGAACGAUGCUUCUCUCAAAAGCCAUCGAAAAAGGCAAUCGCAUAAACACAGCAACCAAAGCAGUAUAUAAUUCCAUGAUACUAGGCAAUCUAGCAAUAAAUGGAAUUGGUGUAAUCUAUCAAGGCUGUUGUGUAAUCAACAAAUACCAAGAGAAAAGACAAGUCGAUAUGUACGACAUAAUUAUCUUCAGCUCCCACGUUUUGUUCUUCAGCAACUCUGUUUUAAAUGCUAAACUAGCUAAUGACCUUGUUACAUCGUCCAACGGGACCAUUCUAGAUAAAUUUAAAAACACUUUACGUUUCACACGGUUCCGUAAAGAGUUUAAUAGAAUAAAAGGAGUAAAUGGGAACAGAAUAUUAAAAGAUCUAAUGUAUCAAGUGAAACAUGUCACUAGCAAAGAAGAUUUUCUCAGUAUAUUUCAGAGGUUCGAAUCAACCUUUAGAAAUAACAAAAUAGUCGUAAAUGGUAUAGAAUUGAUAGAUCCAAUUGCGGUUGCUAGACAUUUACUAGUGAUCGGUAGGUUUGGACUGAAUUUCAUAAAUUGUAAUUUGUCGUUAGAGCUCAAAAACAGAAUAGUGUCAUUGAAAAGUGUCUUAUUGGAUCUGUUAAAGAAUUGCUAUUCGAAACGAUUUAUUGCACAGAAAGAUUCGAAUGAUGUGAAUUGUUUCAACAAUACAUUGGAAGAAAUAUCCCCUAUGGAGAACGGGACGGACAUUUUGAAAAUGAUUAUCAAAAUAGGUGUGACUGUGUUAGAACAUUCUAACGAAUCAGAAAUAUUUUUGCAUGAUGUUGUUUAUUUUAUUUGGGAAUACUCUAAAGCAAAUCUACACAACUAUGUAAUAAACGCAUGUUCUCCCUUCAAAAACAGUAGCAAUUUGUAUAACGCGUUGACUAAAAUUGUCACGUCUAUAUUUAACAUUAUCGAUGAUAUAAAUCAAGAGCUUUACUUCGCUUUUAAAGAGUACACAUUAAGUAUAGGACAUUGA